AAGGGGUCUAAGAGAGUUGCUGGGGCCUGGCAGGCCCCUCCCCUGGGCUGCAAGGAUCCGCCUCUAUUCCCCAGAUAAAUUCCUAGUGUCCACCAAAUUCCUCAGCGCUCUCUCACACUCCUCUACGGCCACGACUCCGGGGGUGGGGAAACAGAGCGUCGGCUUCCUGCCCGCAGAAGCCCUCGCGGCUCCUUCUCAAGACUCUGCGAAGGGGAAAGGGGUGUGAGACCCAACCAGACCCGCAACUCCCGGCUCCCAAGCCGAGGUGGCUGUCCGACACUCCACGUUCGGGGGGUCCAUUGGUCUCGGGGUCUCUCUCCUCUCUUCCCUUUCUCCUCUCUCCCUUCCCUGUCUCUCUCAUCCUCUCCCCCAAACAUGUCCACCGGCUCCCUCAGCGAUGUGGAGGACCUUCAAGAGGUGGAGAUGCUGGACUGCGACGGGCUGAAAAUGGACUCGAACAAGGAGUUUGUGACUUCCAACGAGAGCACCGAGGAGAGCUCCAACUGCGAGACCGGCUCUCCCCAGAAGGGCCGCGGCGGCCUGGGCAAGAGGAGGAAGGCUCCCACCAAGAAGAGCCCCUUGAGCGGGGUCAGCCAGGAAGGGAAGCAGGUCCAGCGCAAUGCGGCCAACGCGCGCGAGCGGGCCCGGAUGCGGGUGCUGAGCAAGGCCUUCUCCAGGCUCAAGACCACGCUGCCCUGGGUGCCCCCGGACACCAAGCUCUCCAAGCUGGACACGCUUAGGCUGGCGUCCAGCUACAUCGCCCACUUGAGGCAGAUCCUGGCCAACGACAAGUACGAGAACGGUUAUAUUCACCCGGUCAACCUGACGUGGCCCUUUAUGGUGGCCGGGAAACCCGAGAGUGACCUGAAAGAAGUGGUGACCGCAAGCCGCUUAUGUGGAACCACGGCGUCCUGACCUUGGAGGUGCGAGUCUGGGAAAGGCGCGCUCCCGGGGUGGGGGAGCGGGCCCCGGGAAGGCGACCCUUGCCCUCCCUGCUCUCUGUCUCUUCUUCACCCUUGCAACUCUCCUCUCCCUUUCCCACCCCUCGAGAACACUUUACAGCGACGAGGAGAUUCGUUUCCAAACCAGAGGACAUCAAUUGUACUUACAACGAUUCCCAUCUAUUUAACUUUAUUAACUUCUACCGUGAAUGACUCUGCGAGCCUUGCUGGUCCAAGUGCAAUAUGUAAUUAUAAAUAUAUAAAUAGAUAAUAAGAGCCUAUCAAUGUGUAUCUUUUGUACAAUAUGUUGUAAAAUGUAGAUCAUAGAAUAGCUGACUUUGACAGUCACAUUUAUAAAGUAAUUCACUUAAAGAUAUAUAUUUUUUUCAAACAAGUUUUGCUACUUUCAAAAAUAAAUCUUUCUUUAUAUUGCUAAAA